CCGGCCAUUAACUACCGCCGCUGCAAGUAUUGGGGUAAAGCUGCCAUGAGUCAUGACCGUGGGGCUGUUCCCCAAAAGCGAGUCACUAUCGCAGCCUUAUCGAAAGACGAGGCUGCGAGACUUGAAAUGCUUCCAACUCCUUGAUAUCGAGGUACAGUGUGCUCUCAAACAUCUGGAGACUACUCAGCCUCUUCACACCUCGCAAUCGGCUUGUGAAGACCUAUCUACAUUGAUUCCGCCACAUCCGGCGGCCCUGAUCUCCGAGUGUGAGGGUCUGACUCGAACAUGCUUCCUGUUCGACAAUAGCAGUGCAGGACAUGGAUGAGCAAGCUGGUCGCUUGGGACUACCUACCCUGACAGAAAAGCACAAGACCAUCGUGUCUACGCUCUCGCAACAAGUCGAGAAGUUUUACGCCUCUGACAUCCCAUUCCGGAUAUUCCAUGGCAGCACCAAUGCUACGCGACCCAGUGUUCGCACCUUGAAGUCCACCAUCGAUAUAUCAUCGCUCAACAAUGUCUUGUCGGUAUCCACCUCGAAUAGAACAUGCCUAGUCGAGCCCAAUGUACCCAUGGAUGCGCUCGUAGCGGCCACUUUGCCUUAUGGCCUUGUUCCUCCCGUGGUGCCGGAGUUUCCAGGCAUCACUGUUGGAGGUGCCUUUGCAGGGACUGCCGGUGAAAGCAGCAGUUUCAAGUACGGUUUCUUUGAUCGCGCCGUCAAUUUUAUCGAGGUCAUCCUCGCGGAUGGACAGGUGGUGGUCGCUUCCAAGGCUCAAAACCAAGACCUAUUCAACGGCAUGGCGGGCACUUUUGGUACAUUGGGCGUGACGACCUUGUUUGAGAUAUGGCUCAUUCCUGCAGGAGAUUUCGUCCAGCUUUCGUAUAUCCCGGUGUCUGGCAUUGAGAAAGCUCAAGACAUCAUGCAGGAAAUUGCAGACGACCAGGAGGUGGGUUUCUUGGACGGUAUCAUGUUCUAUCCUCAGAAUGGGGUCGUCAUGGCCGGGAAGAUGGUCAAUCGCAACGAGGCGGACUCCGAGCUCGCCAUCAGUACGUUCACGAAGCCUUGGGACCCAUGGUUCUAUCUUCACGCCGAGCAAUCGACCCUCAAACAUGCCGAAAUGGUCACUAAACUUAGUCAAGCACAAAACAACAAGGUACAGGCCACUACCUACCAAGACUUGGUGCCGUUGACAGACUAUCUGUUCCGCUACGACCGUGGAGCAUUCUGGACCGGUCGAUACGCGUACUCAUAUUUCCUGAUGCCAUUCAACCGCCUCACUCGCUGGCUCCUCGAUUCAUUUAUGCACACACGGGUCAUGUACCACGCCCUGCACCGCUCAGGUCUAAUGCAACGCUUCAUCAUACAGGACAUGGCCGUGCCGAACAAGAACAUACCGGAGUUCUCAGCCUGGCUUGACUCGGAGCUGCCGCAUAUCUACCCGCGCUGGCUGUGCCCACUGAAGACGAAUGAAAACGUAAGUAUGCAUCCUCAUCUUGCGCCGGCCGCCCGGUCUACGGACGAUGUCUUGUUGAAUAUCGGUGUGUGGGGUCCGACGCCGCGGGACAUGCUUCAAGUGGCAGUCAACCGCAAGAUUGAACAAAAGUUGAAGUCCUUGCAUGGUAUGAAGUGGUUGUACGCGCAAACGUUCUACACGGAAGACGAGUUCUGGCAGAUCUACGAUCGUAAUUGGUAUGAGGCGCUAAGGAAGAGAUAUGGUGCCGAGAAGCUACCGAGUGUGUAUGAGAAGGUGAAGACCAAGUUUGACGUCGAUGCAGACAAAGGUGACGUGCGACUCGGCAUUGAGAAGGGAUUUUGGAGCCUAUGGCCGUUCGCUGGCUUGUAUGGAGUGUUGAGUGUCCUCAGAGGGGGUGAUUACCUUAGAAAGAAUUGAUUGUGUGUUACCAAGGGAUCAAAGGACUGUCGCCUGGACGCGACCAUGUUGUAUCUUCUGUCAUAUCACAGAUCAUAUAGACAUUCUCCUGCUGCCUUCGGAACAAUCGAUGGUCGGCAUCAUGGAAACCCCCAAAAAAAAACAUUGUGGUGUUAUUGAAGUGCCUAAAGGAGUUUCGCUACGACUGCUACAGUAGGUUACUGUAAUUAGCGCGCUAAUGCACGCGGCCACUUUAAGACGCGUUACAUCUCGCGAACUACUUAGCGUGUCGCCGCAUCUCAAGUAACCAAAUCAUCGUCACUCA